UUGUACAAGACAGAUCACAGUAGUCUAUCAUACAGAUGAGAACGAGAGUAUAGAAACAUCAUGCUGGAUGUAUGGUUCAGCAAGGGGGCAGUUUUCUGCUUCCUUGUCUUGUAUCUCACUGGGUCCAACUCCGCGUCGUUCAUCAAUUACGAAAAAGGACAUGAAUACCUAUAUUGUCUGAAUUCGUCAGUCGAACUGAAAAAUGUUCAACGUUUUAUAAUCACAGCAGAGAUCGGAUUUGUCAAUAUUGCGCCCAACAAAUUCCAUCAGGAGCUUCUAUUGGUUGUCCAUAAAUCACGAUUUAGCCCUCAAGAUAGACCAGACAUAAAUGGUUUGAGCCAUAACAUGUCGCAUUGGUUUUCAUUCGAGAUAAGUCGUAGAGGAGAAAUUGGCAAUGUCUAUUACCCUGCCGACGACAACGCGGAGGCCAUCAAUAUAAAGAAGGGUUUUGCUGGUAUGUUGUCUGCCCGGCUACAUCAUAGAGAUGAGGUCGACAAGGAAAAAUACUAUGGAGAAUGGACAUACCACACUAGGGAAACAGGGAAAGAAGGAAACCAUACUGCCACUUACAAAGCAAGGAAAACGGCACAAGGUUAUGAGUUCAGGAAGAAUAAGACUUCUGCCAAUCAGCCUGUCAAUGGAGUGUCUGAUUAUGAAAAGACUAUUCACAUACAUGAUGACCUUGCAACAUUGAAUAAUGUCACAAUCAAAGAGACAUUCACAGUUGACUCCUCUGCAAAAUCUGGGCCUGAUCCAUUAUAUGGUUCAAAGUAUGCAAUGGCAGACCCAGAAUUCAGUGAUACUGACAUGCCAACAAUUCAGGCAACAUCACAUGAUGUCCUUCAGUUUACUGGUAAACAGGUAUUUGAUAAAAAGUUACAGAAACCAACAAAUCUUCUCAAGGGAUCCAUUGAACCUGUUUAUCAGCCAAUUUCUGACCCCCAAUACACAAGAGAAGAAGACAUUCAAAUGGCGAUGACAUUUAUCCAAGGGAACAUGACCUGUAUCAGAAAUGCUCCUCCAGAAGGGUCAACUGAACUGAUAGCAUGCUUUCAACAGCUAGUCUAUAACCUUAAAAGACUCCCUGAUCAGACACUUGAGACUCUGGCAAAAGUCUACCUUGUACAAGACGGUAAAAAAGUUCACUUUAGUGAUAGAUUGAAUUUCAUAGAUGCAUUAGGAGCUGUACAAAGUCACAAAGCUCAAAGCCUUCUCUUGAACAAUGUCAUAAGAAAUCCAUCAAAGAAAGGUCAACUUUAUCAAAGGGCAUUGUUAGCAAUUGUUGCCAUGGAUAUGGAACCGUUACAAGAUUUAGUGGAAACGUUGCGCGACUUGUGUAUUACUGGAACAUAUAAAGGACAAGUUCUCUCUGAGGCUGCCAGACAUAGUACAUGCCUCACAUAUGGAAGCCAAAUUAAACUUCUCAACAAACAUGGUGAAGAGGAAAAGGCAGAAAAACAUAUCAACACUCUUCACAUGGAAUUAGGAAUUCAUGAUCCUUGGUUAUUCAGACAGACAAGAUCUUUAAUGACAGAACAAGAAAUUCUAGAACAUGAUUUGAGCAAAGUAGUUCUCCUUGAUUCCAUUGGGAAUGCUGGACUGAGGUCAAGCUCUGAGUAUAUUAUUUCUCACAUAAAUUCGAGUAACUCCCAGUGGGUUAAGCGAACUGGAAUUCAUGCUUUACGAAGUUUUCAUGAAGAAAGUGUAUUGCAUGAACUUGAGAAGGUAGCACUAAAUGAUGAAGAAGAAAGUGUUAGAUAUGAAGCUAUGCUGCAGUAUUUAGCCCAUCCCCUUGCCAAAAGAGACAGUGGAAGCAAAGAACUUGACGGAAGUGAAAACAGCAAUAUUCAGAAACGAUCAAUUUUCGACAAGAAGUUCAAGUUUAAGCUUCAAGCACCUGGUGUAGACUGGAUGAAACAAGUUGGCUCGAGGAGCAUUGGCGCAUCAUUUGGUGUAUUGAUGGAAAACAUGUUAGACAUGGAGUUGUCAUUAUUGAAAGGUAGAGUUGAUAUAAGAGUACAUGAUGAGGUCUACUCUAAAAUUCACUUCGGAUUAAUCAAUAUAAAUCUAGAUUUCUACUCUGCCAGAUUGUGUUUUAAAGGGAGUGCAAAUUAUGGAAUCAAUAUUGUUCAGGAGGGAGACUUACAGCGUCUGAUCAGAAUUGUCAGAGAUUUCAGGACCAUUGUUCGUAAAAUAGUCCAGAGUGUAAAAGACGGUGUAGAAGCAUUUAAGGCUAUUUUAGAUGAUGAUUUCUCACUUAAAGAUAUAGUUGAUGAGUUUGUUACAUCUGUGGAAGAACUGCCAGAGAAGGUUAAAGCUCUUGGUAGUAGAAUCAGAGAGAUUUUUGAAACGAUAGAGAGUAUCGCACUGGAAAAUCUUCCUCCAUUUGUCAAGAAAGUGAAAAGAUUUAUGGACGCAGUUACCAACCUUUAUGAAGAAGUUGAAGAGGAUGUUAUGACAUUUUACAAUUCAAUUGUAGAAGGAGUUAAGAUAAUCAUUCCACAAGCUGCUGAGAUGAUAUUUGAAUCGGCACAGAUGAUACUCCGGGCGUUUAUGAAAAUCUUUAAAGAUCCAAAAACAGCAUUGGCAGAUAUUGGCAAAGGUGUAUUAGUAAUUUAUACAAGUGUGAAACAAGUGGAAACAUUAAAAGAAAAUAUAAUGAAACAUACAUUUGUUACUGAUGGAUUAGAGCCCUAUUGGAUGAAUCUACAAGAUAAGACAAUUUAUAUUCAACAGCUGUAUGAAGAUGCACUUGUGGCAGUGCAAACUGAAGGCAGGGAGUGGGUAACUGAAGUUUUAGAAAAUGAUCCAAUUGACAAACUCACUGGUGGUAAAAUGACUAUAAACACAGUUAAAGAGAAUAUCAAAUCUCAAAUAGAGGCUGAAAUUCAAGAACUUUUAAAUCCUCUGCACCAAUUGAAAGAGCUAGAAGGAAGAUACAUGGAAGCCUUUGUUAACAUCAUUGAGGUGUUUGAUGAUAUAAAAAAGGCAUACGCUCUCUUAAAGUCUGGGUUUAAAAUUGGCAAAUCGCUCGUUAAUUCCAUGUUUGGGCACAAGUUUGAUAGAGACUUUCCUCAAAUAAGAAGAGAAAGUGGAGCUGAUUGCACUGGGAAUGGAUUUUACCAAUCGUCUCUUGGUGGAGGCAAUGUAGAAUAUGACCAACCGGGGAUUGAUAUUUUAGCUGCUGAAGGACAAGAGCUGGUAUCUCCUGUUGCUGGAACUGUGAAGAUAUCUGGCAGGAGCAAUGAGAUAACCAUUAUUGACAGUGACGAUUUACCUGAAGGAUCUGAGCUCACUAUAACAAAUUUAAGGCUAUCAGACCAUGUCCAAGAUAUGACACAGGUUGCAGCUGGUGAAGUUAUAGGUCAUGUUACACAAUCCCCUUGCACUGGAGCAAACCAUAUCCAUGUUUCCUUGAAGAGAAAUGGUGGCAUUGUUGAUCCCAGCAGCUAUCUCAAGGAUCGGCAAUUUGACUCGCCUGGAUGGAAUCAGAUUUGCGAUGACUACAAAGUUGUUUAUAAAUUUCAAACGGUUGCCGUUGGUUACGUUGUUGGUAUAGAUGGUAAGAAAGAGGAGGACACAACAGAUUAUAUUGAGACUGAUGAAUCACUGGCAUCGGAUGAAAUGGAUGAAUCAAAGAGACCUGCCCAGGAUGUACAAGCUAUUAAAGAUAAUGAAAAUGGAAUCUACAGUCAUAUGUCUACAACACCUGUGAGAAAGAAAAGAUUAAUUAGUGCAGAAAGUUUCAAUACCACAUUGAACAUACUUGUGACAAAUAUUAAAGAAUUUCUGAAAAGGUUUUCUAUCCGAAGGAUAAAGUUGGGUACAAUAGUUCAGCUGCUAGAUGAACUUAAGCUACAAGACACUACAGAGAAAAUGACAAAAUUGAUUAAAGAUAUUACAGAUGCAGUGAGGCUAGUGCAUUGCAGGAAUCCCUAUCAUAUGACCAAACAAGAACUUGAACAUGAGUUACAGAGUAGAGGGAAAAAAUCUCAGGCAACUAAUGAAGAUAUGAUCAAACAACUUAUGACUGCUGAUUUAAGUUGUCCAUUGAUCACAUGGGCAUUACCACAAGAUGAGAUAUUGUACUGCUCACAUGAUGAAAAGUGCCUAGGACUGGAGUGCUGCCUUACCAUGGAUAUAUAUAAACUACUUCAGAAGUCGGUGAAAAUAUUUGUGCGACUUGAUGUUGAGCCGUUUAGAAUGACAUUUGGAGUGAACGAUUGGAUGGAUACUUUCAACAUUAAUGAUUAUGAUGAUGAGAGAGAUGAGUUUGAGGAUACUGGUAUUGACAUAGAAUUUCUAGAUGGACAAACUGUCAUUGUGAGGUAUUCCUACAAGAAGACAAACGUUGACAUAACUUUCUCAUUUGGUAUUGGUAUAUGUAACCUUGAGAAUCUUGAUGAAUGCUUUGUGUAUAUACCACUUCUUGAAAAUGCAGUGUUUGUGUUCCCAACCAUAGUUGAUGCAGCAGAAUAUUAUGAGCAGAUACAGGAUAAUUUAGCCGAUGCUCCUAUAGAUAUAGCAGCAGCAGCUGUGAAUAAAACCAUUGAUGACUUACUGCUCUCUCUUGGAAUUACAAAGGAUUUGUUGUUGGAUAAUCCUUCAUGCCCUAGACCACAAACUUUUGAUGAGACAACAUUAAAGGAACUUUUGGAGAAAAAAGGAUUAUCAACAACUGGGACAAAAGAGGAGCUAAAUGAGAGAUAUCUACUUAGUGACCUAAGUUGUACCUCACAUGGUGAAACAAUCGAGAUACGUAGACCGCAGAAUGACUUGUUGUAUUAUUACAUACGAGAUGACUGCAUGAAAAUAAGUGUGUGCCUAGACUUCAAGAUACCAGAGCUUAAAAUUUACAGAUCGUUUACAGCUUAUCUGGAACUUGAUCCAUGCAAUUUCAUUCUAACAAAGGCAUUUGAGCGGAAAGUUAAACAAAUAUUUAUAUUUGACUAUGCUUGGGGCAAAGAAGAAGUUGUAGAACUUACAGAUGAUAUUAGUAUUAUAUUGCGAGUACGUCAAGAUGAAUCCAAAACAAACUUUGAGAUUGACUUUGACCUAAAAUUUGAAGAAUUAUCAGAAGAGGUACUAAAAGAUCAUCUGAUACCAAUACCUAUUUGUAAUGAAGAUUUCUCAUUAGAAGGAAGUAUCGAAGAGUUAGCUCAAGCUCUAGGAGGUGAAAUAAGCGAAGCUGUUUUCAAUUUGAUUCUCAGAAAACUCGACAUAUAUGACAUUAUAAAUCAUGGUGAAUGUACAUUGCCACAGGCACCAACAGGCUGCCCAGAAUAUUUAGAUGUAGUGAAAAUGAUGCCAGAGGAAAUGAAAGGUGUACUUCAGUGUGUUCUUGCUGACAACUGCUUUGGGAUAGUAUGUUGUGCUGAAUUUGAAUUACCGAUCCCGUUUUCCUCGAAAAUUAUAGAUGUAAAGUUUCCUGUAUGGUUUAAAAUGGAUCCAUGUGGUUUUAGUGCAGAAUAUGGUAUUGCUAAAAAUGAGGAGAAAGAAUACUUGUUGAAGUAUCAGUGGAAUAAACAAGUAAAUGUACCAUUUGGUUCAAAAGAAGACCCUCCAGUAAUUCUAACGUAUACAAUUUUCAAGACUGACGUAGGAUACAAAGUUGAUAUGAGAGUUGAUAUUGCUAUACCUGUUGACGAUCAGAAGCUGCGUAUCCCAAGAAAUGGUCUCAUUCUUCUUGAUAAGCAAGAAAUCCCUCUAUGUGAUGCAAGGAAAUGGGCUGAUUUUGAAGAUUUCUCACUGGAGGCAUGGUUACAGGAAAGAGGAGAGUCUGUGAAUGCCCAGUUGUCAAAUGCUGGCCGUGAAGCUCUUGAAGAUUUUCUUGGAAUAAAAGGAUUUUUACAAAAGCCCCCAUGUGACCGAAAGAGAGAUCCAUAUAACCCAUCAGUGACUGGAUGGAAUAAUUUGUGUCCUUUAAGUUUUGUCCGGCUUCCUGAAUUAAAGAGUAGCAGUGAAAUCUCAUGCUAUGUUCCUGAUUAUUGUACUGCAAUUGACUGUUGUGUAGAUAUAGAAAAUCUAGGGUUGUCAAUACGUGCCUACCUGGACAUCAACCUGUGCACAUAUAUAGUGUCUGGUGGAAUAGAAACACAGGGCUUCUCAUUUCCCUUGUUCAACUAUGAAUGGGGUAAAACAGAGAGCAUCACUAUUAGAGACUUCCUUCGCCUUACAUAUUCCAUCAAGAAACCAGAUAAUGAGAAGAUAUUUAUUAUAACAUUAGAAGUUGCUAUAUGUUUUGAGCAUGAUGGACCUUGCCUGUUUACAAAGAAAGUACUAGACAACACUGAAGUACCACAGAUUGGAUGUGAUAUGACCAUUGACUUCUCAAAAUUUUCUAUGUCAGCAUGGUUGAAAAAUAAUGGCCUUGAUACAAUUGAACCAAUUCAUGUGAGAUGGGAAGAUGCUGUGAAGUUUGUUCUGGCAGCAACUGGAGUUGACAAGUACCUUUUAGAAGAACCUUGUUCAGUUGAUGAAGCUAUCUAUCAAGAUGCAGUUGAUGGUUGGAACAAUGAGUGUGGAUUGAUCACUUUAGAAUUACCAGGAUUGCUGGAAUCUUCUGUGUGUCACAUUUCUUCAUCCUGUUCAGCUAUAGAAUGUUGUAUUGGUAUAGAUUAUCUAAAAAUAGCUUUGCAUGCAUCGCUGGAAAUAGACUUUUGUGAAUUUGUCAUCAAAGGAAGUUUGGAAAAACUGUCUUUUGAGAAGAAAAUUAUAAAUUAUGAUUGGGGUAAAGAGGAUGAGGAAUCUAUAUUUGGUUUGAUCAAAAUUAAGUUCAAGAUUGAUAAGACAGAGAAGAAUUUUGUGGUUGAUUUAUCAAUGUCUGUGUGUAUGGAAGCAGGGCAAGACUGCCAGUUUAGUCAUGACUUCUACAAGAACACACUUAUUCCAAUACCAAUCUGUAACUUAGAUAUGGACUUCAGUUUUAAAGAUUUUUCACUGAAAACAUGGCUGAAGGAUGUUGGUCAUUCUUCGGAGGAAUCUCUACCAAUGUCCGUUGUUGCAUUACUUCUUAGUCAGCUGAACCUUGACAGAUUUCUACAGACACCACCUUGUACUGCAAGUGACACUCUAUAUGCUAAUUCAGUAAAUGGUUGGAGUUCAGAUUGCAGUUCAGCUCUGGCACUUCCUACAUUGCCUGACAAUAUAGUUUGUCACAUACCAGACUAUUGCACGGGAUUCGACUGUUGUGUUAACAUUGAUUUCCUGCGAACAUCCAUACAUGUCAAGUUUCUGUUGGAUGCCUGCAAUUACAAAUUAACAGUUGGCAUUGAAGAACUUGAGCAUGAAUUUGUACUAUUUGAUUAUGUAUGGGGUGAAACUAAGUACUUCAAUCUAGGAGGAGCAGUGAGAAUAGAGUACACCAUUGAUGACAUUCCAAGUGAAGCAAAAUUCAUUGUCAAUGCAAAACUAGGCAUCUGUUUUGAGCAAACUCAAUGUAUAUUUAAAACAGACAUACUAAAGGAUGUUUUCCUAGCUAAGCCAUUCUGUAACUGGGAUGCCGGAUAUUUAAUAGAAGGGUUUGAGCUUCCAAACUGGUUAAAUGACUUCAAUUUUGAGCUUGAUGGAGACACAUUGAAGGAUUAUAUGAUUGAGGUGUUGUUUCGUGAACUUGGAAUAGCCCCUUAUUUACAGGAAGAGCAGUGUGACAAGGCGCUCGCUCCUUAUGUUGAUGCAACAGAAGGGGUAGCUUCAGACUGUACUCAGCUGCUUGAUUUGGGCACCAUACCAGAUUUCAUGACUUGCUACAUUUCUGAAUCUUGUAAAAGUUUUAACUGCUGUGUAGAUGUCGACUUUGUGAAGAGAUCGUUUAGUCUGUAUGCACAUAUUGAUGAAUGCACACAAACUGUAACAAUUGGAAUAGAGAAGUUUCGUUUACGAGUGUCCUUGCUCAAUUACAACUGGGGAUCAGAGGAAGAAUUCUCUUUAUUUGGAGCCAUUAAAAUCAGUGGGUCUGUAGUUGAUUUAGAGACAGAAAACGUGUACAUUGUAAACUUACGAAUCAGUAUUUGUAUGAAAUCAGCAACUUGUGACGAGGAAGUUGAUUUGCUAAAGGAUGCUCGAUUACCAAAACUUGGAUGUCAGCAGAAUGAAAAUAUUGAUGAUUUCAGUUUAACUCAAUACCUAGAGAGUCAAGGAUACAGUCUGGGAGACAUAAAUCAGCAGCUGCCAGAAAAAUUAGCAGACAAGCUGUUAGAAAAACUGGAUGUGCUUUCAUUUCUUGAUGGAAAUGAUUGUACCUAUAUCUCCCAAUAUACAGAGAACACCAUAAGUGAAUGUGAAGGUUUUCAGUUUAAAACGCAGAUACCGGAUACAAUGACUUGUAAAAUACCAUCAAAAUGUACUGCACUCACCUGUUGUGUUGAUGUUCCCCUCAUCAGGCGCUCGGUGAAUAUGAGUGUUGAUUUAGAUGCCUGCAAGUACAGCUUGGUAAUCUCUAUUGGAAAGUUAACCUCUCAUGUAUCACUUGUGGACUACACCUUUAAUGAGUGGAAGACUUUCAGUUCUGUUGGAGUUUUCAAAAUUCAGUACUAUAUUGAAGAUUUGAAAUCUGUGAAGAAGUAUGUACUGUCAGUAAAGAUGUCGGUGUGUUUUGAUUCGUCCACCUGUGUAUUAGAGACUACAGUGCUGAAUGAGGCUGUGCUGCCUCAAAAAGCAUGUGAAUUUAAUGGAGAUUAUCAAAUACCUGGCUUUUCCAAGAGUAAAUGGAUGGAAGAAAAUACAGAAGUGAACCAAUAUAUAUCUAAAUUACAAGAAGAUGCUGGUAUUAAAGCUUUACUACGUUCAACACAAUGUGUGGUUACUGGAACAGGAUGGACGUCUGAUUGUCAGGAUGAGCCAACUUUACCAAGUUUACCUGCCGGAAUAAGUUGCCAUCUUUCUGAACAUUGCUCUAGUUUUGAAUGUUGUCUGAAUGUUCCUGAGCUUGACAGAACUGUUGCCUUCUAUAUUGAUAUUGAUGUUUGUAACAAUAAUUUAUCCGUUGGUAUUGACAACUUAGGGCAUAACCAACCACUGGUGGAAUACCCAUAUGGUAAACAAAAGCAAGUUGAUUUGAAGGGAAUAUUAAACAUGAAGUACUUGAUCACUGACUCAACAGAUACCCAGUAUAUGCAGGUUUCAGCCGAGAUCAAUAAGUGUUUUGAACAACCAUGUGAUGAAACUGUUGUUUUAUUGGACAAUUUCAAUAUGGAGAAACCUGUGUGUGAUCUGAACUUGGAUUUUGAGACACAAGGUUUCCAGUUGGAAGAGUGGUUAGAUAAUAAAGGUUUAGCACAGACUGAUGUUUUAUCUGAUAAACAGCUAGCAGAACUUAUAGAUACACUAGGACUAGGUCCAUACUUAAUGGAAGACUCCUGUAGUCAUUCAGAUGAUCCCUUUAGCAGAAGUAUGAAAGGAUGGACUCAAGAUUGCUCUCUAGAUGUCAAGUUAGAAGACCUUCCAAGAGAAUUGAAAUGUUAUAUACCAAACUAUUGUACUGCCAUAGAAUGCUGUAUGACUGUGGGUGUUCUACAUAAGAACUUUAAACUGGCUCUUGAUCUAGAUGCCUGUAAUAACAGGCUAUUGGCCAGUAUAGAGAAUCUUAAAAUGAAUAUAUCCCUUGGUGAUUAUGAAUGGGGAACUCAACAAACUAUAACUUUGAAAGGACUUCUAAAAAUCAGAUAUCUUGUAAGGAAUUUUGAAGACACAAGGCAGUAUGGGAUAGACUUCAGUAUUAGUGUUUGUCACAGUUCAGAAACUUGUGUUUUUGAGAUGGAUCUGUUCAAAAAUGUAACAUUCACUAAACCAUUGUGCAAAUUGGAUUCAGAUUUCUUAAUACCCAACUUUUCAUUUGAAACAUGGCUUCAAGCUCAGGACAUUGAUGAUGUUAAUGAUAUACCAGUAGAUAUUCUUAAUAAACUGAUGAGAGAAACUGGCCUCCAGGGGUUUUUGAAAGCAGAGUCCUGUAAUCGUUUAGUAGAGCCAUAUUAUCCAGCAAUAGAUGGUUGGAACUCUGAGUGUGCUUCAGAUAUAGAUGUGCCCACAUUAUCUUCACCAAUAUCCUGUGCUAUACCAGACAUUUGCACCGGAUUUCAGUGCUGUGUGGACAUUGCUAUAUUAAAACGCUCUUUUGAAGUAAAAGUUGAGCUGGAUGUUUGUCAAUAUCAGAUUGAAAUCGGACUGGAGAAAAUGUAUAUAAGUGUACCAUUAAAUGAGUUUAAAUAUGGAACAGAAUACAAGGUGUACCUGUUUGGAAUUUUACGUUUACAGUUUACGAUAAAUGAAAUGGAAGAUUCAGCAUUUCGAAUGACAGCUAUUAUAAGUGUAUGUUUAGAGCAGUCAGAAGCUUGUCUAUUUAGUGCAACAGUCCUCGAUGAAACAGUUUUACCCAGUACCCAGUGUGACCAUGGUACAGGUUUUCAAAUACCAGGGUUUUCAUUUGACAACUGGCUGGUUCAGAAUAGCUUGGAUUCAGCAGUUCCACUGGCAGAUACUUCUUUAACAGAACUCCUAACAACAUAUGGUCUGGUAGACCUCUUGUUGUUAGAGCAGUGCAGUCAUGAUGACAAUAUUUACCAACCAUCAGAAAAUCAGUUGAAAACUAGUGGUUGUCCUAACUUACUAUCAAGCAUUUCUCCAACUAUUCCUAGCUGGGCUAACUGUGUAUUGCUAGAUUCUUGUCUAGGAAUAAAAUGUUGUUCUGAAACUCCAAGUUUGGAUAGGUCAUUCGAGUUCUACUUUGACAUUGACAUCUGCAGAUAUAUGAUAACAUUCAAGAUAGAAAACUACAUAUCAUCUUUCUUACUUACUGAAAAUGAACUUAGUGAAUGGAAAACAGUAGAGUUACAAGGAGUUCUACAAAUAAAGUACAGAAUAUUUGACAUUGUUGGAGAGGCAGAGGUAGUGAUGGACUUGCAGAUAAAGAUAUGUCUAUCUGAUACAGUAAAGUGUGAGACAGAUUUCAUAGUGAUGGACAAACAGAGAAUACAGAGGCCCCUCUGCCAGGGACAUCUUGGGUUUAAUGAUCCUGACUUUAGUUUCUCCACUUGGCUAUCUGACAAUGGCCUAAACAGUGAUGCAACAAGCCUAUCACAGAGUCAAGCACAUAGCUAUUUUGAAAGUCAAGGUGUUGUGAAAUACUUACAGACAGACUCCUGCCAGGUGCAGUCAACCUUCCUGACAAAUGACUGUACUGAUGAAGCACCAAAUCCUAUUUUACCAGAAGGGGUUUCAUGUGAAGUUGACUCAGAAUGCCGUUCAUUAGCAGUCUGUGUAGAGUCUGAAAUGUUCACGAGAAAUUUUCAAAUAAAUUUCAACUUUGAUGCAUGUGAAAUGCAACUUACUAUCAGCAUUGAGAAAUUUUCUCGGAAAUAUUCACUGACCAACUUCAUGUUUGAAGAAGAGCACCAAUUUGAUAUGUUUGGUGUACUGAAAAUAAGCUUCAUCUUGACAAGAAUGUUGGGAUCUUCCAUGUUUGCUCUGAACUUAGACUACAGCCUUUGUUAUGAUGAAUCAACCUGCACAACAAAUAAAAAUAUUCUAGAUCAUUACAUGUUUCUCAUGCAUGUUUGUAAUUACAAUACUGGGUUUGACUUGGAACGUUUUGUUGAAUCAAUGGGUACUGAUAUUGACAGUACAUUGGAUACGGAAUAUAUUCCAAUGUUUCUCCAUCAAUCAAAACUCUCAAGCUUCCUCAAUGAGGUACAAUGUGAUCGGUUUGAUGACCUGUUCCAAGCUCGCCAGUGGACUAGUGAGUGUUCAGUUCUUGAACCUGUUGGAGAACUUCCAAAUAGUGUUUCAUGUCACAUCAAUAAUGACUGCAAUGAAUUGAAGUGUUGUAUGGAUGCAUACUUUAUCCAAAGAACUAUUUCAUUUGAAUUGAGAAUCGACUCUUGCUUCAUGACUCUGCAUAUUGGAAUUGAGAACUUUAAUCAUACCAUUCCACUAUUGGAAGAGACCUUUGGAAUCCAGCAAACAGUUACGCUUGCUGGCAUCGCCACAGUGAGAACAACAUUUGAGUUCAUUUCGAGACGAAAUGUAUUGGUACUAUCACUAGAGUUAUCUCUUUGUUUUGAUGAAACGAAUUGUGCAAUAGAUGCAUUUAUCUUUGAGGACACUGAACUUUUAUUACCAACAUGUGAUUUUGAUAAACAGUUCUUAGUACCAGACUUCAGUCUUAUGGAAUGGAAAGAAGAGCACCAAUUAGAAGCUGAUGAAAGACCAUCGACAUAUUUAUCAGCCUUGCUAUUGGAAGAACUUGGUAUUGCAGGACACCUUGUAACAGAGUGUCAAAUAGAUUCAGUGCCAAAUCAAAUCCUUAAUAAUGAAUGUUUGGACACUGUACCAGCUUGGUUUGACGAGAAUGAGGAUAUCCAUUGUUACUUUAUUGAUACCUGCACUCAUAUACAGUGUUGCUUAGACACUACAUCAACUCUGGGAAGAACGUUUACUAUUGAAUUAGAUAUCAGACCUUGUGACUUUGAAAUAAUAAUGGCAAUUGAGGAAUUUAGCAGAAAAACAUCAUUGGUAGAGUUUGAAUGGGGGAAACCUUAUGUUAUAUCUUUGUUUGGAUUGAUAUCACUGAGGUACAACAUAUAUGACAUUGAUGAUGAAGGUGUAUAUAUAGUGGACAUGCAACUCCUGUUAUGUACGGACACAAAUGAACAAUGUGUUAUUGAUAAACAUAUUUUGAACAACCAUCGCCAACCUAAAGGAACAUGCGAUUGGUCCAUAACUGCUCAAAUAAAUGAAGCUUUCAGUAUUGAGACCUGGAUGGAGUCAAAAGAACAGACCCUGUUUUCGUUUACACAUCAAGGAAAGGAGCUGUUAAUGGAAGCUCUUGGCUUAAACAAGUUUCUUUUAGAGUCUUCAUGCCAAACCAGUGACUCUAUUUAUGACAAUGGUGUGAAUGAUGCUUGUGACACUAGCACUGAUAUAUUCAAUGCCCUCCCAUCAAACAUCAAGUGCAGGAUGUAUUCUGAAUGUAUGAUAACAGAAUGCUGCUUGGGAGUUGAUGAAAUAGGGCAAUCAUUUAAAGUGAAAUUGAACUUUGACCCUUGCAACUACAGGCUCACCUUGGAGAUUGAAAAUUUUAAACAUGAAAUUCCAUUAUUUGACUUCGAGUUUGGACAGGAGCAUAGUUUAUCAUUGUAUGGCAUGAUAAAAAUAUGGUACCAGAUUGAUGAUCUUGAGGUGGAGAAUAAGUUCAGACUUGGUUUGAGUAUUGAAGUAUGCCUAGAUAUGACGACAUGUCCAUACAAGGUCUUGGUGCUGGACCAAGUAACUGUUCAGAAGUUGGAAUGUUCAAAGGCUGUUCAACAAGUAUUUUCUAUCAAAGACUUCUCAAUAGUGACUUGGUUACAUGAAUUUGGUUUAGAUGAAACUGUUACCACUAUACCAGACUACAUGGAGUCUAUUCUUCUGAAUGACCUUGACAUUUUCCCUUAUUUUGAAUCGACAACAUGCACUAUUGGAGAAUCACCAUUUUAUAACUCUGGAUGGAAUUAUGAGAGUUGUGAGCUGGACACUUAUCUACCAACUGAUUUGAGUAACAUUGCAUGUGCUUUAUCCUCAACAUGUACUGCUAUAACAUGUUGCCUCCCUGUUCAAUACCUGGAUAGAAAUAUAUACAUUGUGGCUGAUGUUAACCCUUGUACACAAGUAAUGACCUUGGGUAUAGAGAAACUACAGUUUUCAACAAGUUUAAUAGACUAUACAUUUGGACAAAAGGAACAGAUUUGGCUUGGAGGAGUUUUCAGACUUGAGUAUACCAUAUAUGAUCUAACAAGCUAUAAUCAAUAUAUCGUUACCAUGGAAAUACAUGUAUGCUGGGAAAAACAUGCAAGCUGUGAAAGUUAUUCACUUUUGGAGAACCACAAAUUGCCUAAGCAUGUAUGCAGUCUGAAAAGUGAUUUUAUCAUACAAGAUUUCUCAGUUACAAAUUGGCUUCAAAAUUACAACCUUGUCCGAGGUGACACACUUGAUACAGACAUUAGAAAUAAAUUACUAGCUGAGUUGGGACUAAAAGAUUUCUUACUAGAAGAGCAGUGUAACUAUGCAACCCUAUCGGAUGAAGUUGGGCAAAAUGGUUGGAUAAAUGAAUGCCCAAGCACAGUAGAAAAUUUACCAAUGGUUUCAGAUGGCAUUGUGUGUACACUGUAUGAUAGCUGUACCUCUUUAUCAUGCUGCAUGAAUGUUGCUGAUAUUGAAUACAAUCUCAAAAUGUCUCUAUCUAUAGACCCCUGUACCCAAAUAUUGAAAAUCCAAAUAGAGAAACUUGUAAAUGAGAUAACUCUUAUUGACUAUGAUUUUGGCACGGUGGAGGAGUUAUGGCUCUUUGGACUAUGCCGAAUAAGAUAUGAAGUGUAUGAUCUUGUAGGAGAACGGAAAUAUUAUAUCAAUAUGAAUAUCAGCAUUUGCUUAGAGGCUGGCAUGGCAUGUGAUAAUGUAUAUGUAGUACUUCAUGAAACAAAACUUCCAAAAACAGAUUGUGUAUGGGGACCCCAGGCUUUACGAGGCAAUGCAUUUUCACUUGCUAAAUGGCGAGAGGAGUUUACAGACCAAUUACCAGAUGAUUUAUCUAAUUGGCCAGACUAUGCUCAAAAACUUCUCUAUGACGAUAUGGGAAUUGCUGAUUUCCUACUGGAUAUACCCUGUAUAUAUGGACAAAGUCCCUAUGAUUAUGUGAAUGGCACAAAAAAUGAAUGUCCAUCAUAUGAAGGCUCCCUGCCAUCACUGGAUCAGGUGGCAUGCCGAUUUGGGGAAUCAUGCUCCUCUAUUGACUGUUGUCUUAACAAACCAUCUAUGGAAAGGCCAAUUCGUAUUCUCUUCAAUAUAAAUGCAUGUGAAAUGUAUGUCUCUAUUGGAAUAGAAAAGUUCACCUUUAAUCUAAGUUUAAUAGAUUAUGAAUUUGGUACCGAGGAACAUUUUUGGCUGCAGGAUAUUAUAAGGAUAAACUUUCAACUUUUUGAUUUACCUGAAAAUGAAGCAAUGGUUGUUAAUAUGGAUGUCAGUAUUUGCUUGGAGUCAGAUGAUGUCUGUGGAUUUACUAGAAAUCUUUUGUCAGGAGCAACAUUUCCAAUACCAAUAUGUAGUGUGAAUGAAGGUUUCAAAGAUGAAAGUUUCUCAUUAACAAGCUGGAUGAGUAAUCAUGGAUAUGAUGAGGGGGAUGUUAUAAGUAUGCUGGACAAAUCUAUUCUGAUGGAUGAACUAACGAUUGCCAAGUAUUUGUCAGAAAACCAGUGCAAUCCUCUCCAAGUUAGGAAGCGUCGAGCACUCUCAUCUACAUCAGGUUGUCCACUACAAAACAAAAUGCUAGAUCUUCCUGAAGAAUUGGCAUGCCAUGUAACAGAGUGCUCUCGUGUUGAUUGUUGCAUGAGUGUUGAUCCUCUACAACAAACAUUUGGAAUAAACAUUGACAUUGAUGCUUGCAAACCUAGCAUUGUUAUACAAAUAGAAAAUUUUGUGAUUAAAUAUUCACUUAUUGACUUUGAAUGGGGAACUGAGCAAGAAGUGUCUCUGAAAGGAGUGAUUAGAAUUGUAUUUACAUUAGAGGAGUUAGAUGGUCAGAAUGCUUUUAUCCUGACGUUAGCAACCAAGGCAUGCCUGGAGUCACAGUUACCAUGUUACAUGGAAAAUACUAUUUUCAACAAAGCGAUAUUUCCAAAAACAUUUUGUGAUUUUGAUGUCACAGAUUCAUUUGGAAUACCAGAAUUUUCCCUUUUGGAAUGGAAGCUUAACCAUGAAAUUCCAGUGACAUCUGUAAUUGAGCCACCUAACACAGACAUUUUGUUUCAUGAUCUCGGAUUGGCAACAUAUUUACAGGACACAGAAUGUCAAAUUGACAGGUCAAGUUCAGAGAACGGAUGGGUUAAUGAUUGUCCAGAUCUUGAUGGUCUUGCAGCAUUACCUGAUAGCAUGUCAUGUCAGUAUUCCCAAAGCUGUUCAAAACUGGAUUGUUGUUUGCAAGAGGUCAAUACAGGGAGGAAUAUAUCUUUUGGACUUGAGGUCGACCGUUGUGACCAUUCUAUUAGAAGUUACAUAGAUAACAUGGAAAUGACUAAAAGUUUCUCCAAUUUUUCAUGGGAUGAAACAAGACAGCUGAAUUUUGGAGGAAUAGUUCGACUCAACUUUGAUGUUCAUGAACUGAAAAAUGAGAAGACGUUUGCGCUGUCAGCAGAACUGAAAGUUUGUUUUGAAUCUUCACAACCAUGUGGACUGGAUGUGGAAUUGUUUAGUCAGAUGAUUAUUCCAAAAGUUCAGUGUGUGUGGAAAAGAGAUUAUUUUGUCCCAGGUUUUUCCUUACAACAAUGGCUGUCAGACAAGGAUCUUCAAAAUGCAGAUUACCCUCUGGAUGAAUAUCAUUCCUCUAUAUUACUGGACUUACUGAAUUUGUCUCCUUUUCUGAAAGAUGAUGCAUGUCUUCUAAACACUACUGAUACAGAAUCAUGGACAAAAGGUUGCCCUAGGACAAUUGAAGUACCAACAUUGCCUGAAAAUCUGCAGUGUCGCAUAUCAGAUAGCUGUACCCAGGUGGAUUGUUGCUUAUAUGUUGACAUUUUUGACCGCGGCUUUCAAAUACAUGCUAAUGUUGAUCCGUGCACAUACCAAAUGACUUUAUCAAUAGAAAACUUUGAAUAUACAACACAGCUUUUCAACUAUACAUGGGGUGAGAUCGAGGAAGUAUGGUUGUUUGGAAUUCUUAGAAUAAGGAUGUCAGUCCAUGACCUGGUAGGUGAAGCAGCAUACCUGACCAACUUAAAUGUCAGUGUUUGUUACGAGGCCAAUUCUGCGUGUCACUCUGAGAUUACUAUAUUGGACAAUGCCUUGCUGCCAAAGAUGACAUGCCAGUGGGAUAAUGAUUUUGUCAAUGAAGAUUUUAGUUUGGAUUCAUGGUUGGAAGAAAAUGGCCUCGGGAAUGCUGAUGACAUGGAUCCUAAUUGGAUCAGAAUUCUCUCGGAUGAUCUUCAUUUGACCCAAUACUUUGAUGAUGAAUGCAAAUUUUCAGAUUUCAAUGCAUCUCAGGACAUGUGGGAUAAUGACUGUCCCUUUGACAUACAAACUAUUGAGCUUACUGAGUCCGUCACUUGUCACAUUCCAACAUUCUGUACCGGAGUUCAGUGUUGUAUAAGAUCGGAUGUGUUUCAGAGAAAUAUUCAAACAUUUGUCUACCUACAUGCAUGUACUAACAUCAUUGAAAUAGGAAUAGAGAAGAUGCAGUUCUCAUUAGAUCUGAACAGUUAUGACUGGGGAACUGAAAGAAUGGUUAGUCUACAAGGGGUCUUCAAGCUAAGAUUCAUCAUUGAAGACUUGAAAAAUGAAGGUGUCUAUCAAAUGUCACUAAGCUUUAGUAUGUGUUAUGAUUCACAAGCUGUUUGUGAGCCAUUUGUAGAGAUAUUCAAGAACACCAAGCUACAAAAACCACUAUGUGACACCAGUACUGGCUUUAAAAUCAAAGAUUUUUCUAUAACAAAUUGGCUAGCAGUUAGGGGACUAGAGGGAGGAAACCUUGAUGCCUUAGAUCUCUCACAGCUCUACAGUGACCUUGGCAUAUCAGUUUAUAUGAAGGAGGAUUCCUGCUCUGUUGGGAUGUCAAACUGGACUACUGAUUGUCCAUUAGAUGUUGAUUUACCAGCAUUGCCUCCUUCAAUAAGCUGUCAUCUACACUCAACAUGUAAUGCUGUCACAUGCUGUAUAGUAUCACCAUUACUUCAACGAAACUUGAUAACCACAUUCUCAGUAAACCAGUGUAACAUGAAAUUGACAGUUGCUAUAGAGAAACAAGUUUUCAUUGUUCCACUUCUUGAUUAUGAAUGGGGUGUGUCAAAAGAAACAGAUUUAUUUGGUGUUGUUCGAGUAAGUUACAACUUAGAAAAUCUCGACCUGGCAAACCAGUUUAUAUUCAACCUGGGAAUAAAAGUGUGUUUGGAGGCAGAUUCAGACUGUGAAACUGACAAUGUUGUUUUAAACAAUACUUUAUUAAGGAAGCUGCCCUGUAACAUGGAUAUAGGUUUCAUAGAAACAGGUACCACAGAAAGAUUUUGCUUAUAUGGCGUACUUUGUUUAGAAUACAAGAUUCAGGAUCUUGUCUGGUCAGGUGUUUAUAUAGUGGACAUGAAGGUCAGUGUUUGUUUUGAAACAACAGGAACUUGCUACAUAGAGGCACAGUUGAUGAACGCAGCAGUGUUGCCUAAACGUUUAUGUAACUGGGUGGAUGCAAAUAAUGUCAACAACUUUACCCUUUCCAAAUGGUUUGAUGAUCGGGGUAUGGCACCAAUGACAACAUUACCAUCUUACAUAGCAACACAACUAAUGAAUGAUAUAGGACUGGCAACAUAUUUGUCUGCUGAGAGUUGUGAUACAAAUGACAAAAUGUUCAAUGAAUCAUCUUUCUGUUUGUCAGAUUGUAAAUUGACAUUUGACAACAUCAGUACAUCUGAUGGCAUGUCAUGUUUUAUUCCUGGGUCAUGUACAGGUGUGGAAUUAUGUGUGUAUAUUCCACUCAUUGGUAGAUACAUUAAUGCAUAUAUGCAUCUACAUACAUGUAAUUUCACUAUUGACAUUGGAAUUGAACAGUUCAGAUUCUCUGUUGGAUUCUUCGAUUAUGAAUGGGGAGAAACAAAAGAGUUCAUACUGAAAGAUGUACUCCAGUUGAGAUUGAGAGUUUGGGAAUUACAAUACAAAUAUGUUGCUGACCUUGAACUGAAAGUUUGCUUUACUGACCAGACUUGUGAGAAGAUCUACACAAUAUUUAGACAUACUGAACUCCCAAAAUUACAGUGCCAAUGGGAUGCAGGCUUUGGGAAUGAGUCAUUUUCACUAUCUGAAUGGAUGGAGGAGAGGAACAUAUUUCCGGGAUCAAUUACUGAUACUGGACGUAAAGAACUGAAUGAAGCUGUUGGUCUAGCAGCAUAUGUACAGGAUCUAACAUGCAGUGUUAACAACUACCCAUAUACACCUGCAGUAGAUGGAUGGAGCUCAGAAUGCAGUGCUGACAUUGCCCUAUCACCACUUCCAGAAUAUAUUUCUUGUUACAUAUCAGAUGUAUGUACAUCUGUCCAGUGCUGUCUUGAAGUUGAUAUAAUCCAAACAUCUGUGCAGUUCUCAUUAACUAUUGAUGCAUGUAACAAUAAACUGCAUGUAGGAAUUGAAAAUAUGGUAAUUGAGAAAGAACUAGGCAGUUAUGAAUAUGGUCAUGAUAAAGAUUGA